AAGCAUAGCUAGCAUUACACACAUCACUCAAGUUAUACAUGCAGCUAUAAAGGAUGCCAGCAGCAGGAAGACAUACCCAAUCAGCCAAGAAUGUGUGAGAGAACUCCUAUAAAGCUGUCGAUGGUGGGAGAAUAUUGUUAUUACAGCUGCUAUAAUAAUAGAAAGUGCAUCAACUGAGCUAAAGCUACAGUAGCAAUAACUUAUCAAGAGCUAACAAAGAUGAGAAGUCUGCAGAGUGUGUUGACUGCAGCUGCCAUUGUGGUUCUUGUUGUGACUACAGUACACUGUUCCCUCACAGCCUGUCCGGUGAACACUCAGCAGUUCCUCUCCUUCGACAGAGACCUCCUCCCUCUCACCAACGUGCGAGCUACGAGUGAGGACACUGGCUUCAACGAUGUGGAGAAUCUUAUCAAAUACGCCUCACUCAACAAUCCCCCCUGGUGCUCUGCUGUAGAUAUCCCCAGUGUUGCAGGCCAUUAUGUCGAGGUGAACUUCACAGAGCCAGUGGUUCUAACUAUGGUAGAGUCCUCUGGAUAUGCUGAUGGAUAUGUGAGCAACUUUGCUAUAGCGUAUGGAAUGCUUGAAGGGGACCUACAGUCGUACAUAACGAAUGGCGUAGCACAGAACUUCCAAGUGGGCAAUGUACUGCUGUCCAAUACCUACUUCACACUCGGGCAACCAAUAAUCGCUCAGAGGAUGAGAUUUCUGAUCAACGACGCUUUAUUGGACAGUUCAGAUCGUAUUUGCUGGGAGUUGGUCUUGUACGGAUGUAAGCUAAGUGAAGGAAUAGAGAUUGACACACAGACACUACUGUCACCAAUAACAACAGCUCCACCCGCCACCACACAACCUGAUGUCUCGUGUCCUCCAGCUGGAACUGGCGGCAUUACAAACACCCAAGAUACAGUUAAUAUUCUCGUUAUUGCUCUACCGAUUGCCUUGGCAACUGUACUGAUUGUUAUGAUGAUAACAUUAGCAGGCGUGAUUGUGUGCGUCAAGUUUUCGGGAAGAGAGAAGCAAAACAAAGAUGGAACCACUUUCACGGACAGUGUGACUGUGCACAUGCUCAACGAUCGAACAAAGACGGAUAUGUCCAGAGUCAGUGGCUCAGAUACGCCCAAGAGUACAAUGAGCUUCUUGUACGAUAACCCCAGGCCUCUCUGCUACGAUGUCCCAAGGGCAUCUAUUAAAAGCCGGGCUGGUUCAGAGGGAGGUAGUAGUGAUCUACUGGCCGGAACUUUUGAGAUCAAAAACCCCCUGUACAGUUUAAAGAGAAAGCACAGUCAACAAGAGGCACAGGAAAUGGUUGUUUCUGACGGAGGUAAUGACUACGAGAUGAUACCUGAUCGUGUUGUGCCAGACUCCGCCCACUCCAUGGCCAUCCGCCACUCAUCGCUACCCCCCACAGCCGAGAGAUCCUCUGACCCCCCACCAAGCCUCCCUGUCCGCACACACACCUACAGCCUCGUCAAGAAGAGAAAUAAGAGAGACAGUAGCUUUCACGGGAGCAUCCAAGACAUUCGGAGGAAAGACAGCAAGGAAAGAAUAAACGAGUCGAUAUACAACACACUGUCGAAGGUGGCUGGUUCGGACCCAAUGUUCCAGGUGGUUUACGACGAGCCUUGUGACGACCCGGAGAGGGAUAUGGACAAGGACAUUGACACUAGCGUGGUGUAGGAAUAGCUAGUUAUGUUAUAGACCACUUUGUUUUAUACACUAUAUCACCACGCAUAAUAUCAUAUCAUCUCUUAAUUGUUCAGCAAACAUUUUGUCAGUAAUAAAACUCAAUUGUUUCACCCGA